AUGCGGUUUCCCUGCUACGGGCGGCCAGCUCCCAACACGCUGGAAGAACGUACGCCUAUAAUGCCACCGCCGGUGCAGCAGGUGGCGACUGGCGAAGGGGUCAUGGCUAUUCUGUCAUUUGUAUCGUUAUUCUCUAAUGAUGAUGAGAGCGGGCGGAAGGUCAAGCAACAACUGUUAAUAUUAGGGAUGAAUCAAUUGCACGUUGAUAUUAGGUCAGAUAUCAAAGGACAAAGUCACGCAGCGAACCAGACGUGUGUCUCGUUGUACGCGCGGGCGAGGAACCUAUCGACCAGUUCCAGUCUCCCUUCCCCUCCCCCGAUUCCUCCCAAACUUAGCGUCGCGGCAGCGGCCGUGAAUCCAGGUCUGGCCGGCCCUCUCCUUCCCUCCCCUCGGCAGUACUGCCCAUCCGGCCUCGGAUCCCGGCUCCGGCAGUCCGGCUCCGCCCCUCCCCUCCCCGAACUGCAUCUGGUCCGCCUCCGACUGGGUCUCCUACUCUCCUUCUCCUCCGCCUUCGAGUUCGAGAUCCGGCCGGCCUCCAGUGCUCUCUUGACUACUCCACUGCUGAUCGUCUCCUCCAGCAGACCAGCACAGAUCCAGUGCUCCACCAAGAUGAAGAAGAAAGAUAUUAGCUUGUUUGAAUUGUGGGACAAAUCUUCAAAGGCAAGGAAAUGAGUUCUACAUCCACACCAACUGCUCUUUCCGUUGAGGUUGAGAGCAACCUACAGCUAGCACUAGUGCAUACACAUGACGAAGCUCCACAACUGGAGAGGGAGAGAGGCUCCCCGUCCCCAAUUGUAGAAGAUGAUGAAGCAGUUGAUGAAGAUGAUGAACCAAGUCCCCAAUUCGAAGCAGAUUUGGCGGCUCUGGAACGUGAUUCUGGCAAGCGACUUCCCAUAUCUUCAUAUCAUGUCAAUGGCCGGGAUGUAAUUAGAAGGAGAUACAUUGACUUGGGAGCUUGUCAACCAAAGGGUCACAAAUUUGAGAUCAGAGAUUUUAGUGAACA